AUGUAUAUCAAGUUUUUACAAUUCAAUUAUAUUAAAUAUCAUAAACAUUAUCCAGAUGAUAUCUGGAACUCAUUUUUUAGUACGAAAGACGAAUAUAUCCCCCAUUCAGAUCGAUCAUUACCUACUAGAGAAUCAGAUAAUUACUUCGUCCACGAUACACUCUUUAGUAAUUUCGAUACCGAAAUAAUUUACUCACUUAGCGCUUCUAAAAAUGUUUUAGUUUAUAAGACAGUAUUUGAUUCAAAUAAAGUUAAAGAUGAUGAUAUUACGACGGACUCACUUAUUUACAAAUUUGGAGGAAAUUUGAUUCAAUACAGAGUUUGUUCAUAUAAUACAAUAGCACAACCUACAAGCACAUUCUCAUCAUGCUAUACCCAUUCAUAUUCCUUAUCAACAUCACUCAAUUAUAUUUUAGAAACUACAAUUGCAAACUCAAUCGGAGCAGGACCAACAAUUGGACAAUCAGGAGAUAAUUUUCGGAUGGAAAAUAUCAAUAUAUCUAAUAUAUACUCAACAGAUUAUGAUUCUGGAUAUGACAUUCAAUCAUCUAAAAAUUCAAAUAAUGUUUCUUUCUCAACAUUCUAUAAUAUUUCCUCAAAACUCCGUAUCCAUAGUCAUAAUUCCUUUGUUGGAAAAAUUCAUCAUCUCAUUGUCAAAUCCAAUAAAUGUAUAUCUGAAUAUUUCGUAUCAGGUGCCAUUUUCGGUUCUAUUUCUAACUCAGAUCUCACAAUAACAGCUUGUAUUAUUUCGAAUAAUAAUGUUGAUUGUAUUUCUUCGACAGAUUCUAAUUCUAAAAUAACAAUAUCUGAUUGCUAUAUAGAAUCAAAUACAUUAUCAAAUACAGGAACUGUUUCAAUGGCAACAACAAAUUCAUUGAAAUUGGACUUAUCACAUUUAGAUUCAUCUUUUUGUUCGAAUUUUGUUACUAAUUUCAUUUACAUUCGAUCAUUUCAGAUAACAAAUAACCCAUUAGUCAAUGGAUUUGACAAAGAAGUCAAUUUUUCUUUGACGAUUUACAACAAAGAUAUAAAUUCUAAUUCAGAAAUUAUUAUAUGGUAUGAUGACAAUACGAACAAAAAACUUGGUCAUCAUAUAUCAUUGACUGGUUCUCCACAGAAAGUUGAAGAAUCAUAUCCUAUUCCAACCACUUUUGCAUUUGGGAAUCACAAAAUAACAAUACAAGUUAUUUCAACAGAUGGAAAUGAAUCAAAUAUUAGAAGUACAGACUUCACAUACAAAGAUUAUGCGGUAAUUUCUGUCAGUGAUUCAUAUUACAGUAGAUAUAGUGUUACUUUUAUAGGAAAUAUCUCAUUGAAGGAGAAUGUGAAUGCAGAAAGACUUAAUUUAUCAUUUGAUGAAUCAGAUACUACUUCGAAAUUAAUCUCAAGCAAGGAAAGAGUUAAUAAUUAUCAAUAUUUUGAAAAUGUUUUUCAGUUUCCACCCGAUUUUGAAUAUGGUUCUCAUAUAGUCGUUAUUUAUUCUAUUAACAGAAAAGGAAGAAUAUUUGGUAAAAAAUCUAUUGAGUUUGAUUAUUUACCAGAUAAGAAACCCAUCAAAUGUAAAUGCUCAUUUAUGAAAAACAAUUCAUAUCGAAAAUAUUCUUCUUAUCUAAUUCGAUUUUCUAUCUUGUGUUUAUAA